UCUAUAUAAUAUAGAUGUCAGACGCUUAAUGUUCAACAUUUUACUUUAUUAAUAUUAACCUUCUAAUUAAUCUUUUGCAUUAAGAUAUAAAGCAAUAAUGUCAGAGUACGACAAAGUUCGAACAAAAAAAUUAGUAUUGAAAGGAGAAAAACACAAAUCGAAAAAAAGGAAACGCAAACUACAAGAUCGAAAUGAGCAAAUUGAUAAUAAGACAGACGAAGACACUAUUCGCCACGGUGGUUGGUGGAAAACAUUGUUUAUAACAGAUAUUGUUGGUACAGUUGCUAUUGAAUUUGGUAAUUUGACUUACAUGAAAGCACUUGACAAUGGUUUAUUUACACUUGGAUUGCCUCAUGAUGAAGGUGAUGGCCCUCACCCAGAAGAAAUCUUGACAGCAUUUUCAGUGAACGAGACAAAAAUUGCUCUAAAAUCUGGUUAUGGAAAAUAUAUUGGAGUUGAUAAAAAAGGAAUGGUUGUAGGUAGAAGCGAUGCUGUAGGUGCAAUGGAACAAUGGGAACCAAUAUUUCAAGAUGGAAAAUUAGCAAUUUUAGGAAAUACUGGAUGUUUUAUAUCUGUAAAUGAAGAUGAUGACAUUAUUUGUAAAAAACCAACAGCUGGACCAAAUGAAUAUGUAUGGAUAAGAAGUAUGAUUCAACAAAUUGAUGAUCCUAAUAAAGAUAUACCAACAGAAGAACAGGGAUCCUUAGAAGAGGUUGAAGUUAAUUAUGUACGGAAGUUCCAGAAAUUUCAGGAUAAGAAAUUGAAAAUAAGCAAGGAUAAAAUUUCAGAAUUGAAAAAAGCAAAGGAGGGUGGAAGUUUCCAUGAGGUUUUACUCGAUAGACGUAGUAAGAUGAAAGCUGAUCGAUAUUGUAAAUAACUUAAUUUUGAGGAAAAUGCACAUGUAAAUAUAUUUAAACAAAAGAAAAGACUAUUCAUCGAUUUUGUAAAGUUACUUUUUUUAUUCCAUUAUAUCGAAUGACAGUACCGCUGCAUGCAACAGUUGACUUAUGCAAAGAUUUAUUGCCUCUAGUUCUUGUGCUUUGGAGAGGUCAUUUUUACUUUUUUUUUUUAAAUAUUUUUUCUCUUUAUAAGAAGGAUCCGAGCCCGUAGUUCCGAAAUCUUC